AUGUUUUCGCAAAGAAAAAGUGUGCUUCCCAAAAUUCUGCACGUUGGUGGACAGCAGGAAAGAUGAGCAUAUGCAACAGAAAGAAUGAGAAACAUCUGCAUUCGUUGGGGUAUCAGGAACAUGAGCAUUUCAUCACUGUGCUGCAGCUCAUCUCCAUUGUCCUCUUGGCUGCUCUGCUCAUGGCUAUCCUUUUCAAAGGUUCUGAGGUUCCUACAUCCCAAGAGCACGAUCAUGAAAAGCAACGUAUUCACCAGAAACUGGAUCAGCUGAAGGCUAAACUAGACCACCUGUGCCGUCCCUGCUCCUGGGACUGGAUGUUCUUCCAAGGAAACUGUUACUUCUUCUCUACAUUCCAAGAGAAAUGGAAGGAAUCUGUCAAGGCCUGCAAGGACAUGGGGGCACAGCUAGUGGUCAUAAAAAGUAAUGACGAGCAGAGCUUCCUGCAGGGAAUUUCUAAGAAGAAAGGCAAUUCCUGGAUGGGUCUGUCAUACAAUAACAAGGAAAGCAAGUGGCAGUGGGAGGAUGGCUCACAGCUGCAAGGGAGGCAAAAGAUCCAUGAUACCAUGAGAGCUGCAAAGAAUUGCUCCAAAUGACAGAGAACUUGAAAAUAGACAGGAACUAUUGGUCUGCAGGAGAACCCAACAACCUUAACAAUGAAGACUGUGCAGUAGUUUCAGGUUCUGGAUGGAAUGAUAUCACAUGUUCCCAUGAGGCAUUCUGGGUCUGCAAGAAGCCUGCAUCGCCUUGCUCUAAGUAAAAUCUGUUCACCUCUGUGGUCUAUACACUGAGCUAUUUAUCAUCUACUCGAAUUUUAGGUAUUCUCAUUUCAGUUUCUUUGUCUUUCUGUGGGCACUUGGGUUUAAAAAAUAGAUUUGAAUUCUACUUUUCCAGACACCUUGUCUUCAAACACUUGGGCCACUCCUGUGCCAAUAAUUUACUUUGUUUUGGGUUGGGGUUUUUGCCAUGUUUUCAGCUUUCUUCCAGGAUUAGAUUCUGAGUUGCUUGUCACUCACCUCAUUUGCUGUUCUCACUCUUCCUCCUGUGUGUGAAUGAAAAUGUGACCAGCCAUAUUCCCGCUCCUGUUGCCAUGCUCUCCUUCCUCUACUUGUUGCUAUGCCUCCCCUACCACAAAUAACUCUAUCUCUUUGGUACCAUGAGCCAAAAUAAACUGUUUCA